AUGGCAGAAACAGAAGUUCUUGCUGCAAGGCGUGGAAGAGGAGGUAUUUUAGUUUAAAAUACUGGGAAGUGAUCGCACAGUAUAGGAUUCUAUUGCUAACGGUUUGGUCCGAGGGACAUGGUUGUAGAAGCACAGAUUUUGAAGCUUAAGUAGCAUUGGAAAGUUAAACAAGCCUAGCCAAUAUUGAAUUAGCAGGCACUUUUGUUAAACGGCAACUGAACAAAUCAACCUAAAAUAACAAUUUUAUGAUUUGCCAAAUUAAAUGAUAUCUAGUAAUUUUUACGCCAGGUGUAUUUGAGACUACGCCUCAUUAAACGAAUUACAACAAAGUAAUAUGUUUACACAAAAAAACCUGCUAAAUUAACUACCUCGUCUGUCGUAAAAAGGCAAAGUAUAGGUUAUGAAAGUGCUAGAAUUUUGUGAUCAACUAAAAAUUUGUUGUUAAAUCUAGGCGGUUUUAACUUUUGAGUAUAUGAAUGAAAUUUUUAAGUGUUUAUCCAUAAAUGAGCUCUAAAGCAGAUAUUACCUGCAAUUUCUGAUUGUUCUGAUGUUGAGCAGAGCUAAAAAGGAGGUUUCUCUGGAUUUUUAAAAGGAACUUUUAAUCAGCGAUUUUAAAGUGCGCGUACUUCUUAGCUCGCUCGUGCAGUCGCGUGGCUGAAACAAAGCUAAUCUAACGAAUCAGUGAAAUCGAAAAGUCAUAAGUGGUAAUUCCGCUCGCUUGAAAAGUAAGUUGAUUCUCCUUAAAUUUCUCUACAGAAGUCAAGCAAAUUGUUCUUUGCAAAGUGUGUGGGGACCGAGCUUCUGGGAAACAUUAUGGUGUACUAACUUGUGAUGGAUGUCGAGGAUUUUUCAAGCGCAGCAUUCGAAGAGAUCUUGCAUAUCACUGCAAAGAGAGCAACGCUUGCCCUAUCGACGUCGCCAGACGCAAUCAAUGCCAGGCCUGCCGGUUAAGGAAAUGCUUCGAAGUUCGAAUGAACCGAGAUGGUGAGUAGUAUGCUGUUGUACUUACGAUAUAAAGGUGAAAAUAUGAAGACUGGCAAAUUUUCUUCUCCGGGGUUCGCAUUAAAUAACAAGACGCGGGAUCUAACUGGAAAUCUACAAAUGCAUAGCAAUACGGCCAUUCAAAAGUUGAAAUAAUUAAACUUAAAUUAAAAUUCUUUUUCCUUUAUGAAUCACACUGAAAGGGAGCUAAUGAAAAAAACCUGAACGUUUUUAGUAAUUUUAAGCUGAAGUUUUCAGGCUGUAAUUCAGUUUAUUUCUGUCGUGUAAGGUUUUGAGGAGGCUAACCUGCCGAAUACAUGGUCACCUGUCGAACAUGGACUCACCCAAAAUUUAAAAAGCGUAUACACAGUCUUCACAAAAUUCAAUAGCUCACUUUGUACAUUGCAUCAGUUUGCGGGUGGACAGAAAUUGAAAAAAAAUUCCUUAAAGUUCGCUUUUUAUCGCUCCUAUAUAUGCACAAUAAGUUCAAAACUAAUAGAUCUUACUAGAUCAAAUAUAACUUUAAUUUAUUCUAAUUUAUUGUUGAUCAGCGGGACGUGCUUCAUUGUAGCGAUUUGUUUUGUGUUUGACAUAAAAGUUAUAAUCGCAAGAAGGACUAGGAAGCGUCAACAGAAAACUCACUUCUCCAAAAAUGAUCAAACGCAAUUUGUUUUUAUUGUGCAAAUUUCCUGACAACCAGACUGAUCUCAUAUUCGAAAGCUAAUCAGUUCCAAAUAUACAACACGCGCGCGCAAACUAUUGUUGUUCAUUCACACUUCUAAGGUUCUAUUAAUUGCUGUUUACAUGUAGUUUUGCACAUAGCUCCUCCUUUCAUAUUUUUACUCAAUUUACGACGUUUAAGUGUUCGUAAUAUAACUGGCGAGCAAUGUUAAGAGAUUUUACCCUCGACUGAAAGUAAUUUAUUAUUUAUCAUGUACACUAAACCAAACCGAAGCGACACGGCGACUGCAACAGUGCCUCAUAGCCUGUGUGAGUAUGAAGACUCGAUUUUAGCAGAAAUUCAAAGCAAACAAUAAAAUGAUACGGUUAGUUGAUUACACAAGUAAUAGCCCAGAACUCUGACGAAGCAGUAUCCGGGCUGCCUUAUACAAAAUGGGCGUUUUAAUGAACCCCAGGGAUUUAAUUAUUCAUUCUUGUGUUUAAAAGACCGAACACAAAACAAUCCCUGUAUACAAUUUGAAGCAGUUACUUAAAAAGGUGUUUUGUUUUAUACCCGUCUCAAAAAGAACCUUGCCAUGCUUUUGUUUGGUUAUUUCUUUAGAACCUUUUCCCUUUCCGGUUUCUUUUCACGGUCUUUUGACUCAUUUGAGAGUAAACUGUGAUUUAACUUUACCGCAAAAAUUUAUUCAUUCUUGCCUUAAGUCAACAACAUAAUGUAUUCAAAAAACAAAUGCUUAAGAUCCACUUUUGCAAUCAUUAUUUUUACUUUAAAAAGUUUUUGAAAAGGAAAUUUCCACUUAUUUGGUCCAUAGAUCAAGACAAGACCAUCGCGUACAAAAAAAAUUACCCUUAAAGUUUGGUACAAUGAAGCUUCAGAUUUAUUCGCUUUGGAAUUCAGCCCGAUCGUAAAAUAAAUAUUUUCUUAAAGGUGGCGUUUCCAUUUUUUUCUUCAAGCAGAAAAGCAAAUAACAAGCCAUAGGCGGCAAGGUAUACUGAAUGAAAAAGGCAAAUAUGGAUUCAAAAACAAAUAUGGCAUAAAAACUAUGAGUGAUAUAUAAUUUCGACCACCGUCGGAACAAUAUUUCUAAUCUGUUUAAAAAAUUUUGUUAAAAGUUAUCGGUUUUGCUAUUUAUGCAGUCGACAAUAAAGUAAUGGUUUUUAAAAGUCACUUCUCUUGGCUUAGUGUAAAAUAAAAGGAAAUAUUUGGCCUAAGUACACUAAUUUUGUUAAAAUCAUCUUUCUGUUGACAACGCGCCAUUGUUUUUUUUAUGAUUGAACAAGUGAUUUCUGAAAGCUAAUGACAGCAAAAUUAAUGAGAGCAGGUUCUGCGAUUGUUUACCAAUAAAAGAGUUUAGCAACGAUUUUUCAAUUCAUGUUUUGAUUAAUUUGUUACUUAGCUCGACCAAAGUCGUCUUGUGGAAUUUAGAAAACUUAUUUGUGUAGCGAACAAAAGCAUUUCAAUACAUAUGCAGUCUUCGGGACUUGAUAUCAAUCUAAGGACCAGUUAGCCAAUCAUAGCAAGGCAAAACAUAAUCUCUAGGAACGACAGCUGAGGCUGUUAUAAACCUAUUAUCAUUUAUUACCCGCAAUUAUCAAUGUCCUUAGGGACCCCUCUUUUGUUACGUCACAGUUGUUCGCGUAAGAGAGAUAACCAAUUAAAAGUUGCUUUACUUCGCGAUAUCAUAUCAAACUAUUUUUUAUCAGGGAAGAUUCUUUUUCAGUCUUGUUUUUUAACAUGCCACGAUACAAAAAGGAAUGCCAAAGACAAUAAUCAAAACAAUUAACAACUUCCUGUCGGCUACUUACUUUAAGCAGUAGUUACCAACUUGAAGUUGAUAUAGGAUAAUACUACUACUAAUAAUAAUAAUGCUAAAUACGGUACUAGCUGUUAAAAUGUGAUGACUGAAAUAAUAACAAUAACGAUGAUGAUGAUGAUGAAAACAAAGUUUGUCUGAAGAAAUGUAACUUGGAAAUCUUAGAGGCAGCUUGUUUACAUAAUUUUAGUAGUGCAAUUUUACGGUUCAGCAUUUUGGAUGAAAUCUGAAUAGUUUAGCUAGAUGCGAGUAAGUUGUUCUGUAACCUUCCCUCCCUCACUAGACUGACUGCAAAAUUAAUGUUAUCCUCUGAUAAUGGGAUCUCAGUGCUGGUGAAAUUAGCAAUAAAUGGUCUAUAUGUGAUGAAAACUAUUCAAGUACCAUUCGUAAUUGAAAGAAAGAAAGAUAUCAAACGAUUUAGUCCAAGACAAAACCAAACGUGAUCAGUUUUUGGUAAAUACUGGUCAACUUGCAGAAGAGUUGAACUUGAAUAGUUUGGGCCAGUUCUUGAGUUGCCAUCUUUUCCGUACUACUUAACAGACGAGUUUAGGAAGGGAAAGUUGUAACGUAUUGGGGAGCAUUUCAGUGAUGACAAAGCAAACGCAAAAAUUUUUUUAACCUCACUGUGAUUUAUUUUUAACUUUUUCAGCCGUUCAACACGAGCGAGCCCCACGAGCAAAUCACAUCAAGAAGGUAGAAAACGAAGAGAUCCGAUGCAAGACUUUGAAAAGGAAACUAAACAAUUAUGAGCAAGAACACUUUGACAUGCCACCCACCCCACCCACCCAGAUUCACAUAACCCCGAAGAAAGAAAAGGUGUUCGACGCGCCGGUGACACCAGAGCCUGGUUGCUAUAGAAACAGCCCUCCAAGGUUUCUUAUUGGGUAUGUUAAACCGGAGAGCCCUAAGGAUGCUUCAGUAGCCGUUUCCAUGGCAGCGACCAUGACCCCACCCCAUACCCCACAGCAUGGACAGCAAGUACCUUACCCACUUGUAUAUCUCGGCUCUCCGGAAAUGUUGCAUGAGUCCGCUGUUCGUAUCUUGUUUAUGACAGUCAAAUGGGUUCGUAACAUCCCGACCUUCUUUGAUCUGCCUUUCCGAGAUCAGGCGAUUCUUCUCGAGGAGGGCUGGAGCGAGCUCUUCAUCCUCAGCGUUGCCCAGUGGAAUCUUCCAGUUGAGAUGAACACUUUACUCGCCGCUGCGGGAUUGAACCCGGAGCGGGACGGGACAGACAAGAUGAUGUGUGGAAUGGGAGACAUCAAGGCGUUGAAAAACAUUGUUGAAAGGUUUCGAGCUGCCAAUAUUGACCAGACGGAGUACGCAUGCCUGAAAGCUAUUCUUCUCUUUAAGCCAGGUUGGUAAUUUUGUUUUUAGAUACCAACAAAGCAGUAGUAUUGGGUAUAGUUAAUAGGGGUGCUUACCAUUAGCCGUCUUGAAAGUCGUAGAGAGAAUUUCACUAUCAAUCCGAAAACUCCAGCCAGGAAGAGUCCAACCGCCACCCGGUUAGCUCAAUGGGUUAAGCGCCGGUCUGCUGAGUGGGAGGUCGCGGGUUCUAACCCAGGCCGGACUAACACCCAGAGUCUUUAAAUAACCGAGGAGGAAGUUGUUGCCUUUGUAAUAACAUCUGCAAACGGUUUGACUUUCUAGUCUUCUUGGAUAAGGACGAUAAACCGUAGGCCCCGUCUCACAAGCCCUUGCACAUCUAAUAAAAAAUCUGUGGGACGUUAAAGAACCCACACACUCUUCGUAAAGAGUAGGGUACGUAGUGCCUGGCGUAGUGGUCUAUCUCACUUUCACACUCAUGUAUGGGGGCAUCAUUACUCAAUCCUUCAUUACCUGUAAACUUCACCUAAGUAGUCUGGCAAAGUCCCCCAACCAGUGUUGUAAAUUAUCCCUGAAAAGCCCUGAGGGGAGUGGAUAAUAAGAUAUUUACAAUUUACAAUCUAUUCUAGGCUAUGUUCACGGGUAGCUUUUGUGCCGGCACGCAAACCAUACCUUACGAGGCUUCUGUUCACACAGUAAGAACGGCGAUUUGUGGAGAGGCAUAAAUAUAUAUCGGAUAGGUGUUCAUAUUAUACCGGACCUUUUCGUGCCGGUACAAAAAGCUAUCUUGUACAGUGUGAACAUAACCUUAAACAUAGGAGCUUACAAUCGCAGAAUGACCCUUUUUCAAAGUGGAUAAAUACACACUCAACACUGUUAUGACACUGCUAUUUUCUAUUUCGGCGGCAAGGUAGAAAUACUCAUGCUGUUUGUAUUGAUAAUUCCCAUUUCAGAUACCAGAGGGCUACGAGCACCAAACCAUGUGGAACAGCUUCAAGACCAAGCACAAAGCAUGCUGGGAGAAUACGAUAAUCAGACCUAUCCGAGUCAACAAGUACGUUUCGGAAGAUUACUUCUGAUGCUGCCUUCCUUGCGAGAGCUGUCUGCAAAGUGCAUAGAACAGAUAUUUUUCCGCGGUACACUCGACAAUAUUCCAAUGGAAAGACUUCUGUCCGAUAUGUUUAAGUCAGCUUAA